AGUUGUCAGAUUUUAUUUAAAAGCAAACUCAGAAACAAUCGGAAGGAACUUUUUUGAAAACUAUUGGAAUUUUGGCCAUUUGCACUUUUAUUAUCAAUUAAAAGUUAAAAAUAAAACACUAUUGUGACUAUAACACGACGCGCUUACAACAGAAAACUGUGAUACGUAGUGAACGCGACGUAUACAAGCUACAGAAAUCUUUUUUGAAAAUUGGAACAGAGAUCUACGGACUAGUUGCUGGCAGUGGUAGCGGUAGAAACCAUGGCAAGAUCUCGCUGACAGCGAUGACAGUGAUAUGGAGAAUGAAAUAGAUGUGGACAAACUGCCACCUUUAGAAGUUGGGCCUAAUGAGAACCGACUGCAGCACACAUACUGCCUUUGGUUCUCACGCAAGGGGACACAUCGUGCCACGGAUUAUAGCAAAUCACUGCAUGUUGUCGGGCGUUGUGCCAGUGUACAACAAUGGUGGUCGCUAUACUCGCAUCUUAUACGGCCAACGGCAUUGAAGCCAUAUCGAGAAUUAAGCCUUUUUAAACAGGGCAUAAAGCCGAUGUGGGAGGACCCAGCAAACACAAAAGGCGGCCAGUGGGUAAUACGUUUACGGAAGAAUAAAAUUGAUCGAGCGUGGGAAAAUGUGUGUAUGGCAAUGUUGGGGGAACAGUUUCUGGUCGGAGAUGAAAUUUGUGGUGUUGUACUGACAACAAAAUAUCCGGAGGAUAGCUUAUCAGUUUGGAAUCGCACUGCCACGGAUCACACAAGCACGACACGUAUCCGCGAUACGCUACGUAGGAUAUUAAAUAUACCUCUAACAACGGCAAUGGAGUAUAAGAUACACUGUGAUAGCCUUAAAUAUGUAGCAAUUAAUAAAGGCACUCUGAAAAGCUGAAAUUCAGUAAAUACAUUCAACUCAACAAAAAUAAAAACAAUCGCAAACGACGACACUAUGCGCUACGCGAACACCAACAUUAGUAGCAGCAGCAACAAUGGCAACAUCAAUGGUAACAGCAGCAGCAGCUGCAGUAGCAAUAACACCAAUACAAACAGCAAUAAAUACAACAACACUAAAGACAACCACAACUGCAAAAACUAUUUCCACAACAUUACUACCGACAUCGCAAAAACUUAAAACAUCCGAUUAAACUAAAACAAAAAAAAAAACUUAAAUUAUUACAUAAUCUAUCCUCUGACCAUUUGUUCAUCAAACAAUAGGAGCAAACAAACGCACAUACUGGAAGCCGGCAACAAUAAAUAUAGUGCAACUAUGUUUGUUUAAAGUGCUGAAAUUUUUGUUUUCAAGCUGAAUGCUAAUACAAUGCACUAAGAGGAAAUAAUGUUUGGCAUCAUUUGAACUAAAAGCUUCUCUUAAACGCGACAACCUCAAGUUAAGCAUAAACCUCAAGCAAAUAGAAAAUAUAUAUUUAAAAAGAAAAAAAAACGUUAUUCAAAUAAUACCAUUAGUGCUUGCAUACGCGAAACAUCAUCUAAAAAUGCUGUUGCCUCAUAAUGUUGCAUUAUUUCGACAUGAUUAUUACGUAAAAAUAUACAGUCAUCUGUGCGAUACACUAAAUCGUUUAAAUUGUUUUUGUUUUAUACCGAUUUGCAAACUACAUUCAUAUUCUCAAUGAAUUUCUGUUUUUAUAACAAUUUUAAUAAAUAAAAAAAAAAACGUUGGUGCCCACCUCCAAACAAAUACUUAGUAAAGAAAAGUAAAAAUUUUUACUAGAAAUAUCGACCAACUUAUUGAAGUUACAUAGUAUUUGCUAUCAAAAGCAAACCCACAAACAAAAAUACAUACCUACAAUACAAAUAAAUACAUACUCAAUCAACACAAAAAGAGUACAGCAAAAUUAAAUAUUGUAUGGAGUUUAUUGAGAAUAUUCCUCACGCAAAACAGAAUAUCUAAAGAACGGAGGAUGAAGAGUUGUAAAAAAAUUUAAUAAAAAGUUAUUAAAGUUGCAAAAAUGAA